AUGCUCGCUUGUUUGGCCAGGGGGAAUUUACUCGAUAUUCUUCAGGAGGGCUUCACGGAGCAACAGCUACAGGCAUAUGUGGCCUGGGUGAAUUCCCAGCUGAAGAAGAAGCCAACAAUAAAGCCAGUCCAAGACCUGAGACAAGAUCUCCGAGAUGGAGUCAUUCUUGCUUUGCUCAUUGAGAUUGUAGCUGGUGAGAAGCUGAAUGACAUUCAGGUCAACCCCACCAGCCAGCAGGAGAUGAGGGAAAAUGUGGAUAAAGUCUUACAGUUUGUGGCAUCAAAAAAGAUCCGCAUGCAUCAGACAUCAGCAAAAGAUAUUGUUGAUGGGAACUUGAAAUCUACCAUGAGGCUGAUCCUGGCCUUAGCUGCUCAUUUCAAACCAGGCUCUGGGAGAGCAAUGAAUCAUAGCCCUGCUGGCAUGGUGGGGAAGAGCUUGUCAGCAUCAUCUGCUAGUCACAGGCCUCGCUCAGCUGCUGCAGUGGCCCAAGGGGCGGUGGCUGCUCUGGCAGAUGUUCGUCAAGAUGUCUUGCAAUCCGGCCGGGAUGUUUUCCGGCACAGACAGAGAAAUAGUAGCAUGGAUGAGGAGAUUGAAAACCCUUACUGGAGUGUCCGAGCACUGGUGCAGCAGUAUGAAGGGCAGCAGAACAUGCCAUUGGAGUCCCACUCUUCCAGUCUUACAUCGCCUAGUCCUAUCCAUAGUGCGAAGAGUGAAUGCACCGUAGCCCCAUCAGAGGAGAAGGAAAGACUUGUGAUCAUCCCCACUGAAGAAAUAGAAACUAAACCAAAAGAGACAGAAUCUCGUUUCCAGCCUGAGUGGCAAGCAGGGAACCCUGGGUCAUAUUUGGCGAAUUCAUGGGAGGAGCAGCUUUUGGAACAACAGGACCAUUUGGAAAAGGAAAUGGAGGAAGCAAAGAAGAUGAUUUCAGGUUUGCAGGCUUUGUUGCUCAAUGGGUCUUUACCUGAGGAUGAGCAGGAAGGGUCCUUUGAACUUUGUGAACGUGGAGCCUGCCCCGAAGAGCAGCUGAUCAUAAUCCAAAGUCGCCUGGACCAGAGUGUGGAAGAAAAUCAAGACCUAAAGAAGGAGCUAUUGAAAUACAAACAAGAAGCUCGAAACCUACAGGGAAUAAAGGAUGCUUUACAGCAAAGGCUGAUUCAACAGGAUGCUUCAGUUCUUCAGCUAAAGCAGGAACUUCUGAGAGCAAACAUGGACAAGGAGGAAUUGCACAACCAGAACGUUGACCUUCAGAGGAAGAUUGAAGAGAGAAACCGGCUACUGGCAGAAUACCAAAAAGAACUGUGCCAGAAGGAUCGGCAUUUACAGCACCAUCAGACCAAACUGGAUGAAAUGCUUAGGCAGCUUUCUGAGGCCAGCUACCAACAGGUGGAUUUGGAGUGGGAGCUGGAGCAUAAAGAAGCCCUGCUAGCUCACUGCAUGAAGAGAGAAGCUGAAGAGGUGAUGGCUUACAGUGGUCAUAGUGCUCAGAGCAAUGGCUUCCUCCAGACAGCAGGGAAAGGAGCUGUUCCUACAGCCCACCAAGUGACAAAUGACUUGCAGCUGGUUCGUGAUGCCCUUCGCAGCCUCAGGAAUAGUUUCAGUGGCCACGAUCCACAGCACCACACUAUUGACAGCCUGGAGCAGGGCAUCUCCAGCCUAAUGGAACGGCUGUACCGUGUGGAAACACAGAAGAGGCAAGAGAGAAGGAUCCGGGGGAAAUCACCAGCAAGCAGAGCAACAAAUGAGUGUAGAGACUCCUGGCCUCCUAAAUCCAAAAUGUCUCAUUCUCACAGCACACCUGUGAUGAGCACCAGUGCCUGCACCAAAGUGUUGUACUUCACUGACCGUUCCCUCACACCUUUCAUGGUCAACAUACCAAAGAGGUUAGGGGAAGUGACUCUGAAGGAUUUUAAGGUAGCUAUUGAUCGUGAAGGAACUCACCGGUACCACUUCAAAGCCCUGGAUCCAGAGUUUGGCACAGUCAAGGAGGAGCCAGAGUAG